UCGGGUUCGGAUCCGCUCAGUUCAGUUCAGUCCAGUCGGUUCGACCACGGUUCGUGUCGAUUUCGAAUUCGCAACCGUUCCGUUGUCAUUGUCGGAUUGGAUCGGAGAGGGUCUUGCAAGUAAAAUUCAUGUUAAUGAAUGUUAAUUUAUACAUUUGUAAGAAUCUAAAAUCUGUUUUUCCAUACACAACAAUUAUUGACGCGCGCACGGCGCUUGCCGCAGUUGCUGUUCGGCGGCGAUUUCGAAUUUUGAAAGCAGUCGCGCCCGAAACGUCGCUGCGAACGCAUCGAUCGGUAAUAACGGUAAAGCUAUAGCAUAACGCUGCGGUGAAGAACUGGGCUUAUUACCACAAUGGAUCCCGAGUUUGUGAACAAAUACAAUCAGGUCCUGAGCCGGCUAAAGCUGGUGGAGAAUUUCGAUGGCAGUGAUCCCGGCAAGCUGCCCCAGUUUCUGCAGAAAAUCGAGGCCCUAAUGCCGGCCAUAAAUAGUUUCGACGACUACUACAAAGCCCAGCUAAUAGGACACAUUAAAAAUAAGUGCACGGAUCGAGCCAGAGAAGCGGUUUUCACGCGUCAAAUGAGCGCUCCGGUGGGCAAUGGCAAUGGCAAUGGAGCGGGAAAUGGCCACCUCCUGAAAGCCGAAUCCUGGCUAAAACUCAAGGAUCAACUGCUGUACAACUAUGCGGAAAGGGAGUCCAGCUAUUCACUGAUACACAAGAUACGCAGCGCUGUGGUGGACUCCAAUAUAGAGCUGUAUUACCAAAAGAUGGCCAAGCUGAAGCACAGACUGAUCAAUCGAAAGUUGACGCACAACGAUACUUUAUAUGGACUCGAGGAUAUAGAGAGGAUUACACUGCAGGUUUUCCGGGAUCAUCUGCCCGAGCCGACGCACUCGAUGAUCCUGCGCAGAAAUCCGAAGAGCAUGGAGGAGGCCUAUCGCUAUAUAGUGGAGGUGCAGCAGCAGUUCUACACGCAGAGCGGAUCGCUGGCCAGCGAUAGCCAGGGGGCCACCUUCUCAACCAGCCACAAGCAGCAGUCCUACGGCGUGGGCAUGGGCGGAGUGGGCGUGGGCACCGUCGGACUGGGCGUGGGCAUGGGUGCCGUUGGCCUGGGCCUCUCCUCCUACGCCCGCCAAAUGUCCUCCGACAAGGGGCACCAGCAGCAGCAGCAGUUGCAGCACCAGAGCUCCAACUGCAAGAGCUACUACUACAAUCAGUCGGCACCGCCGGUGGGCGCCGGCAAAAGCCAUCCCAUGUUCAAGAGCAUCGGCAAUCCCACCUUCAAGUCCAGCUUCAGCUACAAUGGCAGCAGCAACAGUGGUUCCGGCAUGGCCUCCAACUACUCGAGUGGCAAGAAAGCGGAUAUAAAACAGAACUACCAGCAGCAGAAGAGCCAGAACUAUGCGAAGACCUCAUCGGCCAGUGCUUGGAAGAAGUAAUGAUGAUACGGAUAUACGGAUAUACGGAUAUAUGGAUGUACGAUCUCCCAAUUUCCCAACUAUGAGCGAUCCAAUGAGAUAAGCAGAUCGAGCAUGACCUAAUCCCUUUGAAGCCUGUGACUAAGCCAAGGCAAAGUGCUUGCCACCUCAUGCUAAUUACCCUAAAACCUCACCCUCUAAUGCUGAUGAUGAUGAUGAUAAUGAUGAUGAUGAUGGUGUGGUGUCACCGAAAAUUAUAGGAUGUGAAUAUAGAUUAAAGUAAUGUGCAACGAGAUGGAGCUGAUCUUCUGUACUUCCAGAUAAACAUUAAAAUAUAUCGGUAUAUGAUAAUGAUGUGAAUAUUCAAAUAUAUAAAUAACACAAAUGUUAAUAUUAUAAAUAACAAUGCAACAAAUUAAAUACCUCCAUGAAUGAUAAUGUAUAAGAUUGCACAUGCAAAUAAUACAAAUGAUGUGAAUAUAGAUGAAGAUAAUACAAAUAAUAGAAAGUGAAGGCAUUCAAGUUAUAGAAAGUGUGCAUACAUACAGCUGGAAAAAAAAUAACAACUUAAUAAUAUGAAGUUAGAAAGAGGUACAAAAAUUAUAACAAUAUUAUUUAAUAUAAUUAAACAUAUAGUAACCACAAGUAUAUGACAUAAUAUGUAGUAUUUUAAAACGUUGAAGAGCUAAUAGAAAUGAUCUUGUCGAUAAACAAGAUAAUGAUGCCGAUCAAAAUGAAAUUCAAUAAUGAUGACAUCGAUCGCGUGUCUAUCGAUGAUGAUCAAUCCGCAGACAGUAUGGACAUGUUAAUUAUUAGCUCAUAAGACCCGAGUGUACAUAGCCCCACACCUCAACCUCAGACUCAGCCUCCCACAAUUUCCCCCCCAUUUUAACAACAAUCACCCACCCACCUUCAAAUUUGUUUUUGUUAACAAUAAAGUGUAAAGUCUAACAGCC